AUGAUGAGCUGGCAAGACAACAAUCAGACACACCGGAUCCUGACGGCCGCCGAGAAGGGCGGAUACGGAGUCCUGGCGGCAAUCGUAUACAAUGUCGAGCAUAUCACGGCUUUCGUCCGAGCCGCAGAACAAAGGCGGUCCCCUUUGAUCAUCCAGCUCUUUCCCUCGUCCCUCAAACAGACGCCAUCCCUGGUCUUUGCGGCGGCCGCCGCCGCAAAGAGUGCAUCGGUCCCCAUCUCUGUCCACCUUGAUCAUGCCCAAGACUACGAGCAGAUCAAGUAUGUGGCCGACAAUCUUCCUUUUGACUCCAUUAUGGUGGAUAUGAGUCAUUACGAAAAGGAAGACAAUUUGGUGAAGACUCGUGCCUUGCGGGACUAUUGCCAUGCGCGAGGGAUCACCGUGGAGGCGGAAACUGGUCGUAUCGAAGGUGGUGAAGAUGGUAUCAUGGAUACUGGUGAUCUUGAAGGUAUCUUAACCAACCCGGAGGAUGUGGAGGAUUUCAUCGCAGCUGGAGUUGACUUCCUUGCCCCGAGCGUGGGCAAUAUCCAUGGAGACUAUGGUCCGAAGGGGCCUCAGUUGGAUAUGGACCGUUUGCAUGGUGUUUUCAAAGCCAUGAAUGGCCGUGUUCGACUUGUGCUCCAUGGAACCAACGAUUUUGAUGCCAGCCUGACCCAGGCAUGUGUCAAGGCCGGAGUGACCAAGGUCAAUGUGAAUAAACUAGUCCUGGAUUGCUGGCAUGAUAACUUGCGGUCGAAUGCCAUGCGGCCACUUACGGAGCUGAUGGAUACUGGCAUUGACGUUCUGACGAAGGAGAUAGAACGAUGGAUGGAUAUCGUGGGAAGUAGCGGCAAAGCCUCAAGUCACGUUAGCUAA